AUGGCCGACGCAGCGGAGUGCAAUGGCGAAGCCGUCGAUCUCGGCCGCAGAGGCCUUCGAAUUGGUGCCAUCUUUAUCAUCAUGGCAUCUUCAGCUAUCGGCGCUCUCCUGCCCAUCUUCCUCGCGCGCCAGAAGACCAUCCCGGUGCCCAAGUUCACCUUCUUUAUCCUCAAGUUUAUCGGUACCGGAGUUAUCAUAGCGACAGCAUUUAUGCACCUCUUGGUUCCCGCUGUUGAGAACCUCGGCGACGAGUGCUUACAGGACCGACUGGGCGGCUACGAUUGGGCUGAGGCCAUUGCGCUUAUGACUGUCAUUGUCAUGUUCUUCAUCGAAAUGCUCGCCGCUCGUCUCAGCAACGCCGAUAUGGAGCACAACCACUCGAUAGACGGUGAUCACGAACUUGACCCUGCUAUGGACAUUGUCAAGAAGCACCACACCCACCCUGAUAUCGAAAACGGUGACCAGCAAGAUUCCGGCUACGCUCCUGGAGGCGACAGCCACCUCGCGCACGGCCGUGAGCACAAGGAAGGCGAUGCUCAGGGCGGUCUUGCUGGUCAGCUCCUCGCCAUCUUCAUUCUCGAAUUCGGAGUUGUGUUCCACAGUAUCUUCAUUGGUCUCACUCUUGGCACCAUUGCCUCUGACGAGCUUACUGUGCUUCUGAUCGUCCUUGUUUUCCACCAAAUGUUCGAGGGUCUCGGUCUUGGUUCGCGCUUGGCCGUCGCUCCUUGGCCCAAAAACCGACAGUGGAUGCCUUACCUGCUCGGUCUCAUCUUUGCCCUAUCGACUCCCGUUGGUAUCGCCGCUGGCAUAGGAGCCAAGCCCAACAACGCCAACGACCAGAAACUUGUCAACGGUAUCUUCGACGCUAUCAGCGCUGGUAUCCUCAUGUACACGGGUCUGGUCGAGCUCCUUGCUCACGAGUUCAUGUUCAACCCCUACAUGCGCAAGGCUCCUAUCAAGAUUCUCUUGCUCGCUUUUGCCUGUGUUUCAUUCGGCGUGAUAGUUAUGGCUAUUCUCGCCAAGUGGGCAUAA